UCUCAUCCAGUACAGACCUAGAGAAACAGAAAUUACUUUUAUUGAAGAUGUUCAAGUUGGUGGUUAUUUUCGCAUUGGUGGCUGCGGUUUCCGCAAGGCCCGGGUAUCUUCACUCCCCAAUUGCUUUUCCUCUGGCUACCAGCUACAGCACAAGAGUGGACAUCCAUAGUAAACCAUUGUUGGCGUACCAUGCGGCUCCGGUGAUUGCUGCUGCUCCAAUUAUACACAGCGCCCCAAUUAUCGCUCCACUGCAUGGACUUCAUGGAGUGCCUUUGGUUUCGGCACAUUCGUUCCAUCAUUGGUAAAGGGAUUUUGAAGACGCUUCGACAUGGGUAAUGGAAUCUUCAGCAAACUUACAGUUAAUUUAUUUAUUGGACAUUACUAGGUGCUAUAUCAGUUACUUUGCCAGUAUGUCUCGAUAUAUGUAUAAUAUAAUGAAUAUU